CUACUACGACGGCGGUGUCUUUGUCCCCUAGGCGAAUCGUGAUCGGGGAGUCAUAACGGGUAGAGUUGGUUUGUUGGUGCCCCAAUUGGCGACAACGGAAGCAACCCCCUUUUGCUUGGAGGUAGGUGUGCUCCUGGGGGGUGAGUUUCUUGAGGCGGGAGGGUGGGGUGGAUGAGGGUGGUCGGGAGCUGCGAUCUCUGCGCUCCAUUCUCAUGAAUUGGACGACCUUGAGUUCCUCGAAAGUGAGGGAUGAAGAGUCGAGUGAAUCGGAAGAUGGGGUCAGAUGUGGUGAACUCGUCCGAGGAAGUGAUGGAGGUGGUGUCUUCGAGGGUGAUGUGGUGGAAAAAGCGAGUGUGGGAGGGGCCGGGCAGGGGCUGGUGGUGGGGGUGGAGGAGUCGAUAGUGGUGAAGCAUGCGAGAGAGGAGGUCAGCAAGGGGCAUGYCGGGUUYGUGGGCGAGGGCGGUUGCAAGGUCUUUGUGGCAUACUCGUUUGAUGCGGGAGAUGAACGCAAAGUCGGGAAUGACGAUGUAGGGGAGCUGGUGGCGAAGGGAGCGGGCGUAUUGGACGAAGCGGUCCGAGGGACUAGUCUGGCGGAGGUGGCAAAAGUGUUCAAGGUAGUCGUCAAUGGUUUUCUGGGGGCGGAAGGUUGCGGUGAGAAGGUUGGGCCAUUGGAGGAAGGAGUGACGUGGUCCUCCGGAGGCUUGGCGGUUGCUAACUUCAGUCGUCCACCAUUUGGCGGCAUUGCCGAGGAGGCGGGAGGUGGCAAUGGGGAGCCAGUGUGCAAGGGGCAUGUGGUGGAGGUGAAAAGAGUUAUGAAGCUGGGUUAGGAAGAGGAAAACGUCCUCGUGGGGGAAGGCGGAGAAGGAAAUGAUUUCGCUGGAUCGGAAGGAACAGGGGCCCCGUCACGGUAAACGAUCU